AUGGAAGCAGACGAGGUUACAGAAGAGACUCAAAGGACCAACGAUCCAGAGAAACACCUCUCUUCAAAGGACCCCUCCACUAAGGACUUGCCAAAGCCUGCUACCACUGAACCUCACUUGGAAUCUUCCACUUCUGUGACCAUUUUAGAACCCCAUAUCUCUAAGUCCCCUUUAAAGCCAUCCACUUCUGAUACACUCUCCAAAGUCCUUUCAGAAUCCCAUUCCUCUGAAAAGCAUUUGGAACACUCCACUUCUGAGACUCAUCUAAAUGCUUCCAUUUCUGAUGCCACAGUGGAGUCUCCCAUCUCUAAGGGCUCAGAAAAACACCCUUCUUUGCUUCCCUCAUCAGAAGGCCAUGUCUCCGUUCCUCCCUCUGAAGAUGAUGCCCUGAGGGAAAGCCUCUCCUCUAAGUCUUCUUACAGUGAGGCUCAAUGGCCAAGGAAGUCUACCUUAGAGGCCCCUGAACUUGAAAACCUUAAAAAGAGCUUCCUUUCAGGCAUUUCUGACCAGGUCCACAAGGAUAUGGCCACAGGACAGAAGGGAAAGGCAGAAGACGACGAGGAAGAAAUGGUUGCCAGUGGCAGCUCUGCUCAUACACCCACACCUGGACACUCCUCAGGAUACACAGUCCACUCAGUAGUCCCUGCUAAACAGACAGAGCUGGUGGAAGUGUCUAAGGCAAUGCAUAGAAACCAGUGUGGUGCUCAGGUGAACCAUCUUUUCCAAUGGGAGAAGCAUGCAGCCCUGAGUGCCAUCCAGACAGGUCUCUACAUUGGCUGGCGCUGCCCCCAUUACCAGUGGGACUGCUUCCGGAUUGGGGAUGAGUCGAAGUGUUUUUGUGGACACUUACUGAAUGAGCACCAGAUCAUUUCAGAUAUAUCCGUGCCCUGUGGUGUGAGCCAGUGCCGCUGCCUCAUGUUCUGCUUUAUCCCAUCCCGCCCAGAGGAGGUGGGCGAGUUCUGGCUCACUAGACGGGCCACUUUCGACCCCAAGGCCUGGAGGGCUCAAUGUCGCUGCAAACACAGCCAUGAAGAUCACACAGCCACUGGAGCCCAUGCCUGUAGACACCAUGACUGUUGCUGCAACUGCUUUGAGUCUAAUUUUCUCUGUGCUGCCUGUGAUCGACGCUGGGAAGAACAUGAGACUUUCUUUGAGACCGAAGAGGCGCAGCAACGUGGAGGGAGGCCUUAUGGAGCAGAUUAUAUGCCUUUUGCAGAAAUGCCCGUCCUUCAGGAAACAAUCUUCCGCAGCUCUGACUUCACAGCCCUAGGGACACAGGGUCCCUCUGACCAUCCCAGCUCUCAUCCUGGUCCUCCUGGGCUCCCCAGCCCACGAAGUCCUUAG